AUGGAUGCAACAAUUGAGUGGUUCGGUGCCACCACGUUUCGCGUGAAAGCCAACGGUCUCGUCAUCUUCUUGGACACAUGGCUGGAGCGCCCAGAUGUUCUGCCCAAAGUGUUGGCCAUCGACGAUGUGGCUGAGGCGGAUUACAUUUUCAUCUCCCACGCACAUUUUGACCAUCUUCCUGGAGCCGAUAAGAUAGCCAUCAAAACCGGGGCGCACGUUGUCGCCAACGGCGAAACUAUCAACGUCCUUCGGUCAGCUGGAGUGCCCGAGGACCAGCUCAUCCCGGUAUCUGGUGGCGAGCGCAUCCCUCUUUUCCCGCUCGAGUGUCGUAGAGCCGCGGGUCGUGGUGAAGUCGAUGUCGCUCCCGGGCCACCAGGCGCUCCCGCGGCUCCAGAUGCUGGAUUGGCAGUGGCUUCCGUCCACGUCUGGCCUUCAUUGCACUGUCUGAUGCCUGGUAGCUCGCAUGCUGAUGUGCCUGCGAUCAUGGAUACAGGCAAGGAGUACAUUGGAGCAAGCCAGUACGCCUGCACACUGGACAUCACAUUUGGCAUGAAAUAUGGCCUCUUCAAGAUCAGCGACCACAUGCCUCGCGACGCCAUGGACUCGGGCAUGCGCUCUUUUGCCGACUACAUCAACGGUCCGGCGAGGAAAUGCAUGUCCCAUUUCGAUGGAGGGCAGCUGAUGUACAACUUUCUGUUCGGGGAGGGCAAGACACUGCUCUGGAACGGGCAUCUGGGUGGCUACGAUGGGAUAUUGAAUACGGUGCAGCCACAGCCAGACGUGCUCAUUCAGGCCAUUGCUGGGCGGGCCAACUUGAACGGGCGACCGUUUGAUGGAUCGGCGGCGCAGUUCGCGGUGCAAGUUUCGAAGCUGCUGGGAGAGCCGAAGAAGGUGAUUUGGUGUUUGCACGACGACGCGCCGAUCAAGCCGUGGAAGGUGAAUGUCAGCCCAGCUACGCAAGCGAUGGAGAAGGAGACUGGUUCCAAGGUGACUGCACUGCAGCUAGGGACAUUGCAUGGGCUCUUUUGA